AUGGAAAAGGAACAGCUCGAAGAACUCGUAGGGUUUUUGCACGACCGAAAUCCGGAAGUGAGGCGAUUGGCGGUCAAUGCGCUUUUGCCAUAUACUCCGGCGUCCAAUCCCAAACGGACAACAAUCUUUGCAUCUAAAGAUUCGAACCGGAAGGCUGGACAGCUUGAUCAGAAUAUCAUCAAUGACUUGAAGAACUUGUGUGAAGAUCAGCAUUUAACCGCACAUGACGCCCUAUCCGCUCUGAUAAAUCUAACUGACGCAGAUGUAGUCAGCGAACAAGUGGCCGAUACGGAUUUCUUGAUUUUCUUGCUCAGCACCAUUGUGGACCCUUCAGCUAUCUUGGCUGAUCUUGCGUGCAUGCUAUGGUCCAAUUUGACCAAACUGAACUCAGUUUGUGUCAGUUGUCUGAAAUUACCUUUGGUCGGGCACAGUAGCAUUGCGGAGGAGGAAUCAAUUCAAAAAAAACUGAAGACCAGCUCAACCCCAAUGAUGGAUCUUACGAUUGAAUUGUUUGCGAGAGGAGAAAGUAGAAAGAUUAACAAGCACGCCAAUUACGAUUUUUUGGCAAGCGUAUGGGCAAACUUUUCAUCCUACCCGGAUGGAAGAUCUUAUCUUCUGGGUAUAAGUCCGUAUGUUAAACCGCCAUCAGAUGCACCGCUUGCACAAAUAUCUCCCUUCACAGAACACCCUAGCAUAAUUCGAAGAGGAGGGUCAAUCAGUGCAAUAAAGAAUUGUUGUUUUUCUACCGAUGCACAUCGUCGCAUAAUCUCUGAGAAACCAGAUGGGCUUGAAAUCCUUGCGUCCAUCCUGCUUCCUCUCUGUGGCCCAGAGCCCUUUGAUGCUGAUGAUGAGGAGCACAUGCCAGCCGAAAUUCAGAUGUUGGGAUCCGAUAAAAAGUCUGAAACUGACCUUGCACUUCGCCACAUCUUGAUCGAAACCCUUAUCUUGCUGUCGACGUCCGCUGGAAUUCGACAAUACCUUCGAGAUAAGCGAGUGUAUCGAGUGGUUCAGGUAUUACAUCUAAAUGAAACAGAAGAAGAGGUACAAGAACAAAUUGAGAGAUUAGUGAAUAUUCUGAUGCGAGAUGAACCCGUCACUGUAGCAGAGACCGCCGAAUGUGAAGAACUUCAGCUGGUGGAAGUAUGA